UAUAAAAUCUUGUUAAAUGUUUACAUGCAGGCACUACAAUUCCAUAACUGCAACGGUCUUCAACUAAGUGGACUGACACAUUUGAACAGCCCAAGAAACCAUAUCUCCAUUAAUGGCUGCAAUGGAGUAACUUUUUCUCACAUCAAUAUAAGUGCGCCAGAAAACAGCAAAAACACUGAUGGUAUUGACAUAUCAGACUCAACCCAAAUUCUAAUCCAAGAUUCUUACAUUGGAACAGGUGAUGAUUGUGUGGCCAUUAAUGGUGGUACCUCUUUUAUCAACAUUACCAAUGUUACAUGUGGACCAGGCCAUGGCAUAAGUGUGGGAAGCUUAGGAGCAAAUGGAGCUCAUGAUACAGUGGAAGAAGUCCAUGUGAUAGAUUGUACUUUCGUUGGAACCAUGAAUGGAGCAAGGAUCAAGACAUGGCAGGGUGGAUCUGGAUACGUAAGAAAUAUCACUUUCGAGCAAAUUACACUUUCUGCAGUAAACAACCCUAUCGUCAUCGACCAAUAUUACCCUAAUUACUUGCAAGAAGGUUCCGACAUUGAAGUGAGCGACGUCAAAUUCAUAGGAGUGCAUGGGACUUCAACUGCAGAGGAUGCCAUCACAUUGAAGUGCAGUAAUAGCGACCGUGUCGCCAUCUUCUUGAUCUUAUUUAUGGCCUUACUCAUUUCUAGUAAUGGAUUUGAUGUGUUAACCUAUGAUGCUGUUGGAGAUGGCAUAACUGAUGACUCCGUGGCCUUUCUGAAAGCAUGGGCAGCAGUGUGUGGAACAGAUAGUUCAAGUACUCCCAUCCUCACCGUACCUUCUGGGAUGACAUUCUUGUUGAAGCCUAUCCAGUUCAAUGGUCCUUGCAAAGCCUACGACAUUACUGUUGAGGUUUCAGGGAACAUAGUUGCGCCCGAUUCUAUUUCGGAAUAUGAGGGACACAAUGAUGUGUGGCUUUCCUUCAAUUCCAUAGAAUGCCUCAACAUCAAUGGAACUGGCCAAAUUGAUGGCCGAGGCAGUGUUUGGUGGCCACGAUCUAAUGAGAAGAGCAAUCACCAACGACCCAAGGCACUACAAUUCCAUAACUGCAAUGGUCUUCAACUAAGUGGAUUGACACAUUUGAACAGCCCAAAAAAUCAUAUCGCCAUUAAUCGCUGCAAUGGAGUAAUUAUUUCUCAGCUCAAUAUAACUGCGCCAAAAAACAGCCCAAACACUGAUGGUAUUGGCAUAUCAGACUCAACCCAAAUUCUAAUCCAAGACUCUUACAUUGGUACAGGUGAUGAUUGUGUGGCCAUUAACGGUGGCACCUCUUUUAUCAACAUUACCAAUGUUACAUGUGGACCAGGCCAUGGCAUAAGUGUGGGAAGCUUAGGAGCAAAUGGAGCUCAUGAAACAGUGGAAGAAGUCUAUGUGAAAGAUUGUACUUUCGUUGGAACCAUGAAUGGAGCAAGGAUCAAGACAUGGCAGGGGGGAUCUGGAUAUGCAAGGAAGAUCACUUUCGAGCAAAUUAUACUUUCAGAAGUAAAGAACCCCAUCGUCAUCGACCAAUAUUACCCUAAUUACUUACAAGUUAAGGGUUCCGACAUUGAAGUGAGCGACGUCAAAUUCAUAGGAGUGCAAGGGACUUCAACUGCAGAGAAUGCCAUCACAUUGAAGUGCAGUAAUAGCGUGGGUUGCACCAACAUUGAAUUGACCCAAAUCAAUAUCACAUCAGCAGUUCCAGGCAAAGUGACUUCCUCCUUAUGCAUUAAUGCCCAUGGAAUAGCUACAGAUUGUAAUCCACCUGUGGAAUGUCUAACUUAAA